GGAGUCCCUGUGUUCCUAUUGGGGGUUGCCAUGUCCCUAUGAGGGGCAACCGCGUCCCCACUGGGGUCCCCGUGUCCCUAUGUGGGUCCCCGUGUUCCUAUGGGGGGUUGCCAUGUCCCCUGUUGGGGUCCCUGUGCCCCCAUUAGGGCUUCCUGUGAUCCUGUAUGGGUCCCCGUGUCCCUGUGAGAGGUUGCCGUGUCCCUGUGUGGGUCCCUGUGUUCCUAUUGGGGUCUCCAUGUCCCUAUGAGGGGCUGCCGUGUCCCCACUGGGAUCCCUGUGGCCCUAUUAGGCGUUCCUGUGGUCCUGUUUGGGGUCCCUGUGCUCCUUAUGGGGUUCCUGUGUUCCUGUUGGGGGGUUGCCAUGUCCCUAUGCCGGUCCCUGUGUCCCUAUGGAGGGUUGCCAUGUCCCUGUGUGGGUCCCUGUGUUCCUAUUGGGGUCUCCAUGUCCCUAUGAGGGGCUGCCGUGUCCCCACUGGGAUCCCUGUUGCCCUAUUAGGCGUUCCUGUGGUCCUGUUUGGGGUCCCUGUGCUCCUUAUGGGGUCCCUAUGCCCCUUCUGGGGGUUGCCAUGUCCCCUCUGGGGUCCCUGUGCUCCUAUUGGGGUCCCCCUGUCCUUAUUGGGGGUCCCUGUGUUCCUACUGGGGGUUGCCAUGUCCCCCGUUGGGGUCCCUGUGCCCCUGUGUCAGUCCCUGUGUCUCUAUGGAGGGUCCCAGUGCCCCUAUGAGGAGUUGCCAUGUCCAUGUGUGGAUCCCUGUGUUCCUAUGGGGUCUCCGUGUCAUUAUGUGGGGCUGCCGUGUCCCCACUGGGAUCCCUGUGGCCCUAUUAGGCCUUCCUGUGGCCCUGUUUGGGGUCCCUGUGUUCCUAUGGAGGAUCCCUGUGUUCCUUAUGGGGGGUUGCCAUGUCCCUGUGUGGGUCCCUGUGUCCCUAUGGGGGCUCCCUGUUCCCCUUUGUGGAUCCCUGUGCAGGUCCCUAUGCCCCUUCUGGGGGUUGCCAUGUCCCCUCUGGGGUCCCUGUGCUCCUAUUGGGGUCCCCCUGUCCUUAUUGGGGUCCAUAUCUUCCUAUUGGGGGUUGCCAUGUCCCUGUGAGGGGCAGCUGUGUCCCCACGGGGGUCCCCGUGUCCCUGUGUGGGUCCCCGUGUUCCUAUUAGGGGUUGCCAUGUUCCCCAUUGGGGUCCCUGUGCCCCUAUGUUGGUCCCCGUGUCCCUAUGAAUGGUCCCUGUGCCCCUAGUAGGGGUUCUUGUGUCCCUAUGGGGAAUCCUCUUGCCCCUAUAAGGGGGCUCCCCGUGUCUGUAUGUGGGUCCCCCUGUCCCUAUGAGGGGUUGCUAUGUCCCUAUGUGGGUCCCUGUGUUCCUAUUGGGGUCAUCAUGUCCCUAUGAGGGGCUACCAUGUCCCCUUUGGGGUCCCUGUGCCCCUAUUGGGGGAUCCCUGUGUCCUUAUGGGGGUCUCUGUGUCCCUAUUAGGGGUCCCCAUGGCCCUAUAUGGGUCCCCAUGCCCCUACUGGGGGUCCCCGUGUCUUUAUGGGGGUCCCUGUGUCCCUAUUAGGGGUCCCCAUGUCCUAUGGGGGGGGUCUCUGUGGCCCUAUUGGGGUCCCUCUGUCCUGAUGGGGGUCCCUUUGUCCCUAUGUGGGUCCCUGUGAGGAGCUACCAUGUCCCUGUGUGGUCCCUUUGACCCUAUUGGGGUUGCCAUGACCCCUUUGGGGUCUUCAGGUCCCUGUUAGGGUCCCCGUGUGCCUGUGUGGCUCCCUGUACCACUCUUAGGGGUCCCAGUGUCCCUAUGAGGGGUCGCCGUGUCCUUAUGUGGGUCCCUGUGUUCCUAUUGGGGGUCACCAUGACCCUUGUGGGGUUCUCAUGUCCCUAUUGGGGGGCAGUAUGCCCCCAUUGAGGGUCCCUGUGUCCUUAUGGGGGGUCCCCGUGCCCCUACUUGGGAUUCCUGUGUCCCUAUGUUGGUCCCCAUUUCUCUAUGAGGGGCUGCUGUGUCCCUGCAUUCCUAUUGGGGGUUGCCAUGACCCUUUUGGGGUCCCUGUGCCCCUGUUGGAGGUCCCUGUGUCCCUAUGAGGGGCUGCCAUGUCCCCAGUGGUGUCACUGUGUUCCCAUUGGAACCCUGUGGCCCUCUUAGGGGUCUCUAUGCUCUUACUGGGGGUUCUCAUGUCCCUCUAUGGGGUUGCUGUGUCCCUAUGAGGGGUCCCUGUGUAUCUGUUGGGGUCCUCAUGUCCCCAUUAUGGGUUCCGUGUCCCUAUGGGUUCCCCAUGUCCCUGUGAGGGGCUGCUGUGUUGCCACUGGGGUCCCCCAUGUCCCUAUAGGGGGUUGCCAUGGCCCUUUUUGGGUCCUCACAUCCCUAUCUGGGUCUUGGGGGGUCCCAAUGUCCAUAUAGGGGUCCCCGUGUCCCUAUGGGGGAUUGCCAUGUCCCUAUUAGGGUCCCUGUCUUCCUAUUGGGGGUUGCCAUGGCCCUUUUGGGUUCCUUAUGUCCCUAUGGGAGUCAGUAUGCCCCUAUUAGGGAUCCCCAUGUCCCUGUUUUGGUCCCUAUGCUCCUAGGGGGGUCUCCGUGUCCCUAUUUUGGUUCCUGUGCCCCUAUGGGUUUCCUUGUGUCCCUGUUAGGGGUUGCCAUGUCCCCACUGGGGUCCCUGUGUUCCUGCUGGUUGUCCUCAUGUCCCUUUGUGGGUCCCUGUGCUCCUGUUAGGGGUUCCUGCGUCCCUAUGGGGUCCCCAUGGCCCUAUGAGGGGUUGCCGUGUCCCUAUUAGGGGUCCUUGUGGCCCAUGUGUCCCUAUGAGGGGUUGCCGUGGCCCUUUUGGGGUCCACAUGUCCCUCCUGGGGUUCUUAUGCCCUUAUGAGGGGUCCCCUUGUUCCUAUGGGGGUGCCUGCAUCCCAAUGAGGG